AUGGCGAUUCAGUACGUACACAACUUCUUCCGCCGAGACCCAAGCCGUCCAUCCAAAGACAAAAAGAUCAACCGCUUUGUCGAAAAGUCACAAGGGCAGUACCAAGCCAAGUUUCUGGAUGAAGAGAAGCAGUUCCUUCGCAUCACUCGGGCUUUUGUGGAGAGCAACAGCGUGGAGGACACGAUUGAAGACGUCUUCAAGGCGAUGAAGAGAAGGGGACUCAAGAAAUACUGGCAGCGGAAGCUCACUGUGACUGGUUGCAAUGCCGAUUAUGUUGCGGUUGACGUUGCGGACCUGGAGGUUUGA